AUGAGAAAAUCAAUAAUUCCCGGAUAUUUCAAUUUUCUCAACAAAGUGGCCGGUGUGAAAGUGGAAGAAAUCAUUACAAAGAACUUAUGGAAACCUGAAGAGAUGUUUGCUCGAUAUCUCCAUAAAAUCAUUCAUUCGGAUUUAAUUGGAGGGAAUCGAGGAAGUGUCCGCAAACUGAUCGGACUGGAAGAAGUGUGUGAAGGAUGUGAGAGGUGUAUGGAUAUGGCGAAACAAUGUGUGGAGUAUGGACCAAUCAGGUUUCGAGUGUUGAAAAGGAUUAAGAAUCCAAUUCAUUACAAAAAACUGCAUAUUUCUGAUAAGUUACUUGAAAUGGUUGCCAAUGAAUGUACACUGAAAUCGAUUACAAAAGGGAUGUGUUUCAAGCAGUUAGAUGACAUCAUACGGCCCUAUAUUUCAUGCGAAACACUGGUUCUAUGGAUAUGCGAAAUGCGAUUAUACUACGUUGACGGAGUCAAGAUAAAUGCUCAUGUCGCGAUGCCACGAGAAGUGUUGGAUCUUAUAAUCAGGAAAUGGAGUGUAAAAACAAUACGAAUGAAUAUGAUUGCAUGCACCAGUGAGAUGAACCUCCAUGAGAAAUGGAUAGAUGCCGGAUACUUCACAAAGAUCAAGGUGGACGAUCCGUACUGGAAAACUGGUAAAUCCGAUGACUUGAAACUCCACCAUGUUUCCGUCAGAGCAUCGGAUUCCUACGAUUGUGCUGGUGGCCUGAUGUACAGUAACCCGGAAACAGUUCACGAAAAGAGUUUCGAGAACUACAUUGCAAAUCUACGAAGACUAUUUCGAAUGGACAAAUUAUCGAUUGAUUUCGGUCACUGGAGACAUAAAUGCAUCUUUAGUUUGGAAGAAUUCAUGAGGAAUAUGUUGAGAGUGAUUCAACUGGAGAAACAACGGAAACUCGAAGUGAAUAUUCAGUUUUUCGCCGAGAUUUCCAGUUUUCACGUGGGAAAUUCUGAAGAGUUCGCUGGAAUUCCAUCAGAAUACUCAUUGCUUAGUGAUCGAGUGGAAUGUAUUCGGAAGUCUGUCCCAUUAGAUGUUGUCGAACGUGGUCCAGAAAGAUUGCAUAUGAUUAAAUGGAUUGGGAGACGAUUCCAGGUGAAGGAUAUGGAUAAUCAUUUCACACUCAACUUGAAUAUUUAUGUGAAGGAAACCGAAUUAAGGGAGUUGGAUAAGGGAUUGAUGGAUAGACAUCCGAAUAGCUUGAUUAGAGUGUUCCGUCCAAGCUUGUGA